AUGAGUCUCGCACGCGAGAGUGUCGAUAUUGCUGAGAAGAAUGGCCACGAGUUCCCUCCCAAGGAGCCCGCGCCUCUGGCCGACCAUGUUCGCGGUCGGCAGUUCAGUAUCGAUGUAGAAGAUACUGCUAUCGUCGUCGCCGAUCAGAACAAGUUGCACCGGAAUUUGAAGGGGAGGCACAUGCAGAUGAUUGCUAUCGGUGGUGCAAUCGGCGCUGGUCUCUUCGUCGGAACGGCCAGUGCCUUCCAGACUGGUGGGCCGGGAGCCGUGCUCAUCGGCUUCAUCAUCAUCGGUGGUAUGAUCUAUCUGAUGAUGCAGGCGCUCGCCGAACUGGCUGUCAUGUACCCGAUCAAUGGCGCAUUCACUAUGUAUAUCACUCGCUUCCUCGACCCGUCAUGGGGCUUUGCUUGUGGAUGGCAGUACGCAGUCAGUUGGUUGACCGUCUUGCCUUUCGAAAUAUCGGCCGCUUGUAACAUCAUCCAUUACUGGAAUGGAAGCGCGGGCAUUUCAGACGCUGCGUGGAUUUGUCCGCUACUCUUCGCCCUGGUGGUCAUCCAGUUCUUUGGCGUCAGAGGUUAUGGCGAGGUUGAAUUCGUGCUUAGUCUGCUCAAGAUCAUUGCUUGUCUGGGCUUCAUGAUCCUUGGAAUCAUCAUUGAUUGCGGUGGCGUUCCGACUGACGAUAGAGGUUACAUUGGAGCGAGAUACUGGCACAACCCAGGCGCCUUCCUCAAUGGCUUCCACGGAUUCUGUACCGUCUUCGUAACAGCGUCCUUCGCCUACACGGGAACUGAACUCACUGGUCUCGCCGCAGCGGAAACUGACAACCCAAGGAAGGAGAUCCCACGAGCUUCCAAACAGGUGGUGUGGCGUAUUGCAAUCUUCUACAUCGUGAACCUGUUUCUCGUGGGCCUCAUCGUCCCAGCAAACAGUCCGUUGUACGACACUGAUGGUGCCGAUUCGCGCCACUCACCUUUCGUCAUUGCUAUCCAGCUCGCUGGCAUCAAAGCUCUCCCGUCGAUUUUCAACGCGGUCAUUCUUAUCUCGGUCAUGAGUGUUGCCAACUCGUGCACUUUUGGCUCGACGCGCACGAUGCAGGCCUUGGCUGCGAAUGGCAUGGGUCCCAAGCUGUUCGCGUACGUCGACAGAAAGGGUCGUCCAACCGUCGUGAUCAUUCUGCAACUCCUCUUCGGCUGCUUAGCCUUCAUCAACUUGGCUGACAACGGUGGUGUCAUUUUCACAUGGCUCUUGUCCCUGUCGGGUCUGUCUGUCUUCUUCAUCUACGGCAGCAUCGCGGCAGCUCAUAUUCGUUUCCGCAAGGCUUGGGCUGCCAACGGCCACUCCGUCGACGAGCUCCCAUUCAAAGCCAUGUUCGGCGUCUGGGGCUCCUGGCUCUGCCUCCUCAUCAACGUCAUCUGUCUCAUGGCCCAAUUCUACGUCGCCCUCUACCCCGUCGGCGGGCCCUACCUCGACGCAGAGCUCUUCUUCCAAGCAUAUCUCGCGGGUCCCUUCCUCCUCGCCCUGUACAUCGCAUGGAAAGUUUACAGCUGGUUUGCAUAUCCGAGCCACCGCCCGUUCUUUAUUAGGACGAAGAAUAUGGACAUCUACACCGGCAUGAGGGAGGGUCAGAGGACCAUGAUCAGUGGAGAGGAUGUUAACGCGGAUCAGAGGCGGGCGAGCAUUGCUGAGUUGCAGGAGGAGAAAAGGAAGAAGGGCCCGAAGGACUGGGCCAUGGCGGUUGUGAGGAGUGUCUUCUAA